CUUCAAUCAGUCCGGUCAUGGACAGUCGCAACAGUUCACGACUUUCUACUUCCUCCUUGCAGCGCUCCACCACCGCCUAUCUCGAUCUUAUCUCGACCCUCGUUUCGCCCAAGUCAUUCCUCACUAAUUCGCAGCGACCCAAAUCGCCUUCGAUCCAACCCCAACCCUCGGUCGCACAGGGGAACCUCACCACCGCGUCGCCAACAAUGGAUAAGCAACAGCCUAGCUCUUUCCAGCAGCUGGAAAAGCUCGGAGAGGGUACUUAUGCUACCGUUUUCAAAGGACGAAACCGCCAAACUGGUGAGCUGGUUGCACUAAAGGAGAUCCAUUUGGACUCCGAGGAAGGCACGCCAUCGACCGCGAUUCGAGAGAUCUCUCUAAUGAAAGAGCUCAAGCAUGAAAGCAUUGUCUCGCUGUAUGAUGUUAUCCACACCGAAAACAAGCUGAUGCUUGUCUUUGAGUACAUGGACAAGGACCUCAAAAAGUACAUGGAUACCCGUGGUGAUCGGGGUCAACUGGAUCAGGCGACCAUUAAAUCCUUCAUGCAUCAGCUUUUGAAAGGCAUUGCUUUCUGUCAUGAGAAUCGGGUCCUUCAUCGAGAUCUGAAACCCCAGAACCUUCUUAUUAACAAGAAAGGACAGCUGAAGCUCGGUGACUUUGGCCUGGCCCGUGCCUUUGGCAUUCCUGUCAACACUUUCUCCAACGAGGUUGUGACGCUGUGGUAUCGUGCUCCGGACGUCCUGUUGGGCAGCAGGACAUACAACACAAGCAUUGACAUCUGGUCGGCCGGUUGUAUCAUGGCAGAACUGUACACUGGUCGCCCCCUGUUCCCUGGCACCACGAACGAAGAUCAACUGCAGAAGAUUUUCCGUCUCAUGGGCACACCUUCGGAACGCUCAUGGCCCGGCAUCUCUCAAUUGCCGGAGUACAAGUCGAAUUUCCACGUGUAUGCAACCCAGGAUCUAGGCCUAAUCCUCCCUCAGAUCGAUCCUCUUGGGCUAGAUCUGUUGAACCGCAUGCUCCAGCUGCGGCCCGAGAUGCGUAUCAGUGCCCACGACGCCCUGCAGCAUCCUUGGUUCCAUGAUCUUCCUCAGUUGCAAGCGCAGCUGCAGCAACAGCAGCAGCAGCAGCAACAGCAAAUGUCCGGAGCAUACGGAGGCAUGGUUCCUCCUCAGCAAGCAUAUUAACCCCCGAGGGUCGAAUACUGAUCAGUCUUCGACUUCGGUAUUUCGUGUAUUGAUUUUGUGCUCUGCUGUGAUAUCUUAUCUUGGCACCUUAUUGAGUUAUUUUUUUUUCUUAUCAGAUGAAGGACAUGAUGAAGCAAUUGGGUUGGUUCUAGAACGAAGAGCGUGGCGUUAUACUUUGAAGAAGAUUUCGAUGUGAUGUUCUCCUGUUUCUCCUUGGUCUUCGCGAUUUUCACUCUUUGUUCCAGCUUAUAUUAGCGUAUGCGAG